AAACAUCGAUAUUUUUCACUCCGCUGGCUCUGAAUGUUGGCGCUUCCUUCUUAUUUUACACGUGUUCUACAGGUUUGUGUUUACAGCCCCGUGCAUUUUAUGAGACUCCUCGUGCUGCCAGCAGGCGGCGCGCGGUCGCGGUUUCACGUCAUUGAGACUGAACGCGUGCAGGCUGGCGUUUAUCGAUGGUCUCCGAUAACAGACGAAAACGAGGUGUCGAUGAGACGGUUAGGAGUCACGUGACUCUGGGGGACGUCACUGAGCAUCACUUCGUUAAGGAGCAGCACGAGGACAGACGCAAGCUUCACCGGAGGACAGCAGGCAGCGCGUGCAGGUACAGAGACAUACACUUACUGCAAAUACACUGUAGUGCUGCCAGGUUUAUUAGACAGAGUACUUCAUUCUGCUGUAAUAGCAUUAAAGUCACUUGGUGUACUUCAAAUAUUCUGAGUGUACUUUCAGUUCACAUAGUACUGUACAGAGAGGUUACUGAUGAAGAACCAGUAUUAUUGAUCGAGUUAUUAAUCCAGUCGAUCGAUCAGCGGGACACACAGCUGAUCGAAAUAUUCGUUUAAAGUGAGUCAGUCGGUGAUGAAGAGGAGGAUGAGAACAAAGAGCAUCAAAUAUUCACACUGAACCUCAAGUGCAGCCUUGUCCCUGGGCUCUUUGUUCCUGUUUCUCUAGUGACUCUGAAACACGCCAAAGAUAACGCAGUGUGACAUAGAGCUGUCAGCAGAAGAAGAAACAGCUCUUCUUGUAGUAUGUGUAAGAGCAAUAACAGAAGAUAGUUGAUUGGUUAAUAAAGUAACAAUAACUGUAGUACUGAGUACUUGGUAUUUUUACUGCAGUAACAAAUGAGUACUUUAAUGUACACUUUAAACUUGCCGUGCACUUAGAGUACUAAUAGUGCAUUGUACACAGUACUUCUGCAGCUCUCCUUUGAAGUACUGUUACAAUGACUUUAUGUGUGAACUGAUGAGGGAUCAGUAUGGAGGUGAAGUUAUCGAUCGCCAUUUCAAGUAUGUAUUCCUGUGUCAGGUGUGUAAAGGGGAGGAAUCAGCUGAGACCUCUGAUUGAUGGAUUCUGAUUGCACAUUUCAGACUCAUUAUAUUCCCGGAGGAGGAAGAGGAGGAUCAUUUCAGACAUCAUGCUGACAGUCACCGAAAUGGUGACCCAGACGACCAAUCGAAGUGACCUGAACUGCACGCUGCCGCAUGAUGAGGGCCGCCUACCGCUGGUGCUGCUGUACAGCGCCGUGCUGCUGGUCGGUCUGCCCGCCAACCUGUUGACAGUCCUCCUCACGGGGUUGCAGGUGCGCAGGAAGAAUGUGCUGGGCGUGUACCUGUGCAGCCUGUCGGUCUGUGACCUUACCUACCUGGGGACGCUGCCGCUGUGGGCGAUCUACGUGAACAGCGGUCACAGGUGGCCAUGGUCGUCAGCGUUCUGCAAGCUGACGGGCUACAUCUUCUUCAACAACAUGUACAUCAGCAUCUUCCUGCUUUGCUGUGUCUCCUUCGACCGCUGCGUCGCCGUUGUCUACAGCCUGGAGUCCCGUGGCCUGCGACGGCAACGCCACGCCGCCUUUGUUGUUCUCGCUAUCAUCCUGGUGGUGGCCAUCGGGCACGCCCCUGUCUUCACCAUGAAGGAGGGCGCCACAGAGGGUUCGCAUCACUGCUUCGAGCCGAGUCAGAGCAGCGCGAUGGUGACAGGCUUUUACUACGCUCGCUUCGUCAUCGGCUUCCUUCUCCCGCUGCUGUUGCUGGUGGUCACCAACCGCGGAAUCCUGGCUAAUGUGCAGCGCAGCACAGGGCUGCAGUCGGCACAAAAACGCCGUGUCCGGCAGUUGGCCGUGGGUGUGGUGGUUCUGUUCCUGGUGUGCUUUGCCCCAUACCACAUCAUCCUACUGGUCCGAGGCAUCAUCUUCCACUUCCCGUGGCUUGACAACUGCUCGUUUCAGAAGGCCAUGUACACACCCUACACCAUAUCGCUGGGCCUGUCCACCAUCAACAGCGCUGUCAACCCAAUCCUGUACGUCUUGUCAAGCAACAACAUUCGAAAGGAUCUACGGCGAGGACUUGCACAGGUCUGUGGCAGAGUGCUGGUGAGAACUCCGUCCAACACCAGCCAAAACAAAAUCCAGCCGAUCAACAACUCUUUAGAGCUCAACACGGGCAGUGAGAGGCUGGCAGCAGGAAAACCACCCGGGACCUGAGGUAGCGGUUCCCCAACACUGCAGUGUCCUGAGGUGACCGCAGAGGGGCAGGACCAAGAACCGGGGGACUUUGAGUGCUACGCAUGCACAGAAAAA